AUGAGUGGUAUGAUAGCCACUUUUGCUAUACUCAUUAGUUAUUGUGGAACUCUAAUUUCGCUGAGGAUCGGACUCAAAUUGGAUGCAGGUAUUGAGCGCAUGCAGACUGCGGACUCGAAAAGCAAUGCACUGCCGGCAGCGUGCAGAUUGCAUACGGGAAGGGGUGGUACGGGCCGGGUCCUGUAG